UGGCCUCAAACUUGUGGGUUGAAGCAGGCCUCCUGCCUUGGCCUCCCAAGUAGCUGGGACUACAGGCACAUGCCACUGUGCCUGGCCCAUGUCUAAAUUUUUUGUUUGUUAUUACAAAUGCCUAGCCCUCAGGGUAUGAACAUGGACUGCAGAAGAAGAAACCAGAGUUGCUGCUAUGUCCACCAGCCUCUCUGCAUGUCCUGGCCUCAGCCCUGCUGGGCUCUGGUACUAACCCAUCUCUGGCCACCAUGCUCCUCCACAAGCCGCUGCAGAGCUAAUCUGACCCUGUUGAUGUUCUCAUGAGAGAGUGAACUGUGUGGCCCCUGCAUCCCUCCGUGAUAAUAGAGCAGAACAAGAGCUCUCCCAUCCUUCCCUGCCUGGAAGCUGGGCACAUCCCCAGCUGGGCUGCCAAUUUAAUGCACCACACUCGCAUUCUCCCAAGGUGGGGCUCCAGGACUAGGCAGGAGCAGCAGAAAGUGCCCUGCUCUACAUUGCCCUCGGCGCAAGGGGCCAGCUUAGAAAAGGCAUUUCCAAAUUGGCUAGGCCAGCUGAGCAGAGAUUUUCUGUGCUGAGAAAUCUCAGGAUACCCAGACAGAGGGGUGGAAGGAGCCUUCCAGGGCACACAUGAGAUGUGGCAGGGGUAGGCUGUCCAUUUUAAAACUUAAAGGCUUUAGAUAUGAACUCACAGGGAUUCAUGUCAGGGCCAUCUGCCAUGUGGCCCAGCAGGGCCCAUCCUGAGGAAAUGACCAGUAUAGUCAGGAGCUGACUGAAAAGCUGCCCUCCACACCUUCCAGCAGCCCAGGUGCCACCAUCACGGGGCUCCCACUCUCAACUCUGCAGCCUCAGCCCCCUCAAUGCUGAGGAGCAGAGCUGGUCUCCUGCCCUGACAGCUGCCAUGCACAGCAAACCUAUCUUGUUCCCACAGGUUGCACAACUGGGAUAAAUGACCCGGGAUGAAGAAACCACUGGCGUCCAGGAACUUGUCUUAGACCGUUUUGUAGGGGAAAUGACCUGCAGGGACUUUCCCCAGGGACCACAUCCAGCUUUUCUUCCCUCCCAAGAGCCCAACAGGGAAGACUCAGCAUAAAUAGCAGCCACCUCUCCCUGGCAGACAGGGACCCGCAGCUCAGCUCCAGCAUAGAUCAGGUGAGGAGCACGCCAAGGAGUGAUUUUAAAACUUACUCUGUUUUCUCUUUCCCAACAAGGUUGUCAUUUCCUUUAGAAAAUAGUUAUCCUGGGGCCUACAGCCAUACCAUUCUGAAGGUGUCUUAUCUCCUCUGAUCUAGGGAGGUAAGCAGGGUAGGCCUGGUAGUACUUGGAUGGGAGACCACCUGGGAAUACCAGGUGCUAAAAGCUUUAAGAAUAAAAAAUUGUGAUCUUACUUUGUGUUUGUCCCAUGUUGAGUUCUGUGCUGGGCAGAGGGAACACAUGGUAAAUGCGUUGUUGGGAAUUACAGGCUACUUGAGGGAGUGACAGUCUGGUCAUAGCUCCCGCCUUCCUCCAUCAACACCACGUUGGCAUCCUCUUACACAGUCAGGCUUUAGGGCUGAUGGGUUCAGAACCAAGGGCUUCUGGCUCUGAGUGAGGUCCUGCUGCAAGGUUUCUUAGAUGAGCCACUAAGAUUCUAAUAAGAUCCAGUGGAAAUAACCAGGCUCUCGUUGGAAUAUGACUCCCAAGGAAAGCUGUGCCACUCUUGUGGGCGACUGUCUGACUUCUCCUUUCAUUUCAGCACCAUGAAGCUUCUCACGGGCCUGGUUUUCUGCUCCUUGGUCAUGGGUGUCAGCAGCCGAAGCUGGUUUUCCUUCCUUGGUGAGGCUUAUGAUGGUGCUCGGGACAUGUGGAGAGCCUACUCUGACAUGAGAGAAGCCAAUUACAAAAAUGCAGACAAAUACUUCCAUGCUAGGGGGAACUAUGAUGCUGCCCAACGGGGACCUGGGGGUGCCUGGGCCGCAGAAGUGAUCAGCGAUGCCAGAGAGAAUAUCCAGAAACUCCUGGGCCAUGGUGCGGAGGACACACUGGCUGAUCAGGCUGCUAAUGAAUGGGGCAGGAGUGGCAAAGACCCCAAUCACUUCCGACCUGCUGGCCUGCCUGAGAAGUACUGAGCUUCCUCUUCGGUCUGCUCUCAGGAGACCUGGCUGUGAGGCCCUCAGGGCAGGGACACACAGUUAGUGAGGUCUGUGUCCACAGAAGCUGAGAUAUGGCAUACAAUAGGCAUCUAAUAAAUGCUUAAGAG